CAUACUAAAGAAAAUACAAUCCCUCAAAAUUAAAUCUAAAUUCGUGAUUUCAGUUAUUACAACCAUUACAUUAUGUUAGGGCUUUAGUAUGAAGACAACAGACUCUGCAUGUACAAUCAAUAUCACACACUGUCAAACACUGAAGAUACCAAAAUAUCGCAAUACGUAUCGGAAUACGGGUACCAGAAUCGCAAUAUAGUGCAAUACAAUUAUUUGCCAAUAAUAUAACCUUAUAAACUAUGGUAUAACGUCUCUUGUAUAACCGUUACAGUUUUCGUGAACCAUUUGACAGAUUCAGCUGAAAGAUUUAUAUAUAGAGAGGUACAGAAACGUACUCUUAUGCUAUUGUUCGUGAAUAUGGAAGAUGUAAUGUAGGAGACCUUUCAUCUGAUGACGGUUAUGGAGUAAGGCAAUUCUCUAUCUCCUGAUAUACAAGACUAUUUUUUUCAGCGUUUGAACGUUUGCUAACGUCAUGGUUAAGUCAAAGUCACUCACUCAAUCACUCGUCUAGUGAAUAUGGGGUUCGCGACACACAUACACUUAGAUGAGUGAAGGGCAUGUGUUCCUAUGCAAGUGGUGGUGGGGUAGCCAAGCUGUUAAGCGUUAAUCAAUACCUCUAGUUUUCCAGGUAACUUGAAUCGGAACCGAAAGUAACUAUUCCUGGAUUUCCUUUCAUGCAAAGGACAAUAGAAUACUCUGAACUCAGCUGUAAACAUCGUCAAGCAAUCGGUACCACAAACAUUUCUGCUGUAGCACCUGUACACAGAAGAGUCGGAAAGAUACCAGCUUGACAAAUCAACAUGGCUGAAGCGGGGAGCACAGAAUAUCUGCGAAAGCUGCUUCGCAAAGCUGAUGAACACUGCAGUGCAGGCAGUUCGGAUACAGUUUCUACUUUCUACCGCAACAAGCCAUCCUCCUAUUUUGAUGACAUCAAGGACAAGCACAAUAACAUCAUGGAACCUUACCUGAAGGACCAUGGCGGGGAUCCACGAUGUCCCAUAAACGGGAGACUGAAGGGUUUGUUCUUCAACGUGACACUUCAGGGAGGAACUAUCCCCCACAAGUCGCCUUUUGGAGCCAGGAGAGUAAAACUACCGCUGAGUGAGGUGUUUAAUGAUUCAGCAAAUCUUUACUUUGCUGACUUCUACUGCAAGAGGCCACGCAACCACUUACGCAGAAGCUCCCAAAUGGUCUCACGCAGGCGCUCACGAAUUCACUACGUCACCUUGGUUCUGACACGUUCAGGUUCAGAUGCAGACAGAUUCUGUCAGCAACACCUGCUCAAGCUUGAUCCGCAGGGCAACAGAUAUUUGAGUAAAAAAUCUUCCAUAUACAAGACCUUGGAUCGUGAUGCAGUUCACGUGGAGGUUAUGUACACAGAAUCUGUAGACCUAACAAACAGGGAUCUCACAUCUACCCCUACCAUCGGUCAAGGUCAGAGCACACCAGGUGGAAUACCGAAGACGGUGGGCUGCAGCAUCUGCAAUGUAGUGUAAGGAUGAAAUCCGCCGAAUGACGCAGCAGUGAACAUCGAAGUCACCUUCUUGAAGAAUCACUCAGCCAAUUAAGAAAAGGGAAAGGGAAGGUAAUAAUAUACCAGACUUCUACGACAUGAUCUUGGCAAAGAAUAUAAGGUAUUUCGCAACUGGUCACCAAAGCAAAUUAUAUGUGUUGUUCACUCAAACGACGAAUGAGUACUCAGAGUCAAUUAUUGGUGAAGGUGUCAUUAAGAUAAAGUAACCUAUGUUUAUUACGAACACGUUUAUGACGAACUGACGGAUAUAACGAACUAGUCCCGGCCACUGUUGUAUAAUUUAGUCGAAAAGAAAUGACGGAUAUAACGAACUAGUCCCGGCCACUGUUGUAUAAUUUAGUCGAAAUGAAAUGACGGAUAUAACGAACUAGUCCCGGCCACUGUUGUAUAAUUUAGGCGAAAAGAAAUGACGGAUAUAACGAACUGACGGAUAUAACGAACUAGUCCCGGCCACUGUUGCAUCAUUUAGUCAAAGAGAAAUGACGGAUAUAACGAACUGACGGAUAUAACGAACUGGUCCCGGCCACUGUUGUAUAAUUUAGUCGAAAAGAAAUGACAGAUAUAACGAAGUGACGGAUAUAACGAACUAGUCCCGGCCACUGUUGUAUAAUUUAGUCGAAAUGAAAUGACGGAUAUAACGAACUAGUCCCGGCCACUGUUGUAUAAUUUAAUCGAAAAGAAAUGACGGAUAUAACGAACUGACGGAUAUAACGAACUAGUCCCGGCCACUGUUGCAUCAUUUAGUCAAAAAGAAAUGACGGAUAUAACGAAGUGACAGAUAUAACGAACUGGUCCCGGCCACUGUUGUAAAAUUUAGUCGAAAAGAAAUGACGGAUAUAACGAAGUGACGGAUAUAACGAACUAGUCCCGGCCACUGUUGUAUAAUUUAGUCGAAAAGAAAUGACAGAUAUAACAAAGUGACGGAUAUAACGAGCUAGUCUCGGCCACUGUUGUAUAAUUUAGUCAAAAAGAAAUGACGGAUAUAACGAAGUGACGGAUGUAACGAACUUGUCCCGGCCACUGUUGUAUAAUUUGGUCGAAAAGUGUAUAACGAACUACUAGUACUGUUACAUCGGACUAAAGUCAGUGGUCCGUUUACGUCUAUAGCCAUAGAUCACAGUAGAGUUUCUAGGCUUUUGAUGUGAUGAAAGAAUCACGGUCAAGCAUGUCCUGCGUGGCCGUAUUGAUUUUUCCAUCACAAGGGAUAAAUAUUUCAAUGUCAAAACAUUGAAGGAUCUUUUUAGUGUGAAUUAUCAUUUAAUCAUUUCAUUUUUAAAAGAAAUAGUAUUGUUAGAUAAAUUUUCAUAAAUUUGUGUAAAUAGAUAAAUGCUUCGUUAUUGGUAGUUUAAAUUAACAAUUGAGAUUUUAGUGGCUGUGUCCUGAAGGGGGUUAAAGUACUGUAAACUAGUUACCCUCCUAAGAGGGUAGGUACGUCCCAAAACAUUCAAAGUAAAUUUAAACAUACUACUUUUUAACCGCCGUAUAUAUGUCAUUUUAUUUUAUGGCUUGAUUGUCCAAAACUGCCAGCAUCUGAAGGGAUGGUGUAUAACCAACUAGAGUCCAUGCAGGAAGCAAAAGUCCCCAGUAUUGUGAUCUGCCUUCAGUUGUUAGCAGUCUAUAGUCUGUUCUAUAUUGUCCUGUCAUAUAUAGUAUAAAUGUUUUACAGUUAAUUACCAGUUUUAGAUUUAUGACUGUGAUAUUCUAUAUAGUUGUUUUACUGUCCUUCUUUGAAUGCAUUUUAUACAUUACCUUUAAUUAUUAUAUUUCUAUAGCUUGUUUUAGUCGCGAUACGGCUGAAAUAUUGCUAAUAUUUAACUAUUAGAUCACUCACUGGGCAUUUGAUAGACUGCUGUGAUAUAUAUAUAUAUAUAGUACAGAAUAACAUUCAACUUGCUCAAGUGGCAGAGGAUGCGUUGUGUGAAUGACAAUGAUCACAUGUAUUAUUUCUAUAUACAUUUGAGGUAUCAAGAUUUACAAUGAUAUAGUCGUCGCAAAUGAUGCCAACAAAGUAGUCUUAUCAUUAGUGACUGACCGUCUCAUAUUUUUAGGAUUUGGUUUGAGGAAAUAUUUUUACUGUUUCCUCCUUCUCAAUUCUUUGUUAUACUUCGUAUUUUUUUGAAAGAAGGAUCCAACAGCAAGAUAAUGAGACACAACCUGGCGGAUUCUUCCCAGGGUCAAAUGAUCGUUUUAUAACCAGUUCCACUUCACGUUUCUCAGUGGGAAUUACAUUAAAAUUUCCCUCUCUAAGACAUAUGCUCAUGUUUGUUUACUUAGAUGAAUGGCUUUUUAUAUAACAUAUAGCAAAUGGAAAACUUUUGACACAUUGUUAUCAAGUCUUGACAAGUGUUAUUUCAGAACUAUUUAUGAAGUACUUUGGAACUGACAAAUAUGUGCAUUGCAAUUCACAUCUCAUAUUUUUUAAAUGUUGCAAUAUCAAUAAAUGUCAUACUAUGACUGAACAUACUUGUGAAUCACGUUUAUCAGGAGAAUUUUAUUAAACAAUAUUCACCCUGUAUGUCAUGUAUGAUAUACCAUUAAAAAGUGGGGAUAUUGUAUUUACAAGUUUGAUAAAAUGCAAACGACGAAGCCAAGGAGAAAACAGAUGAUGAAGAGAAAUUAAGGGAAAAUGUGACAAUUAAUUCCAUUCCUUUGGAAAUGUUUCAUCUGUAUGGAUAUAUAUUACUUUUUCUCACAUGCAUUGGCAUUGGCUAGUGGUAUGCUCGCAAACUGGAAUACUAGUAUCCCCUACUCUUUUGAAUGGUAUAUUUGUAGUUACAUGUUAUUCUUAAAUGCGCCUUCAUUCAGUUGUAGUUCACCUUAGCUAUAUUUGGGAUAACACUUCCUCAGUAAAAUUCAGGUUCUAUCCCAGCUGGGAAUUGAACCAACACUCUUAAAGUAAGGCACCGAAUCGCCAGCCCACAAAGUCAGAGAUGUAACCCACUCAGCUGCACCAUAUGCUAUAUCUGAGUGGCUUAAAACUCCAAAUGUACAUUAUGCUCAAUUUUAAGCUUACACGUGUCUUUCACAUGAGUAGCUGUAACCUUAAUACAGCACAAUACAUAUUUAAUUUUGUGUGUUUCACGUUCCUAUACUUCUAUUAAUAAAAAGUGUUUCACUUUU